AUGAACGGACAUUCAAACGGAGCCACCAAUGGUGAUGCAAAGCAUACCGCGACUGGUGAUUUUUUCCGCAGCUACGCAGACGACCGUAACGCAAAGAGCCAAGAUACUGUAUACACCACCAGCAAUGGAGUUCCAUACCCCCAUCCAUACGAGACACAACGAGUAGGCGAGAAUGGACCACUGCUCCUGCAAGACCACCAUCUCGUCGACCUGCUCUCUCAUUUCGACCGAGAGCGUAUCCCCGAGCGUGUUGUCCAUGCCAAGGGUGCCGGUGCCCAUGGUGUCUACAAGACAACUGACCCUCUUGACGAUCUCUGCUUAGCAGACCUAUUCAGCAAGGCCGGCAAGGAGUGCCCAAUCUCGGUUCGCUUCUCAACGGUUGGUGGCGAGUCUGGCUCACACGACUGUGCGCGAGACCCCCGUGGAUUCUCGGUGAAGUUCAGGACUGAAGAGGGCAACUGGGAUGUUGUUGCCAACAAUACACCCGUCUUCUUUUUGAGGGAUCUACAUCAAUUUAUGGUACUAUUUGGCGACCGCGGUAUCCCCAAGGGCUACCGUAAGAUGCACGGCUACAUUGGCCACACCCACAAGCUCGUCAACAAGAACGGUGACUGGGUUUACAUGCAGCUUCACUUCAAGUCGCAGCAGGGCACAGACUUCAUCACACAGGAAGACUCUUUCAACUACGGCCCUGAUUUCUCGACCAAGGACCUCUACCAGGCGAUCGAGAAGGGUGAUUUCCCGAAGUGGGAUGUUAAGGUUCAAACCAUGACGGCCAAGGAGGCUGAAGAGGUGUGGGAGAAGCAGGGCAUCAACGUUUUUGAUCUGACCCACGUUUGGCCACAAAGCCAGUUUCCUCUUCGAAAAGUUGGAGAAUUCACCCUGAACGAGAACCCUCAAAACUACUUCGCCGAGAUUGAGCAAAUUGCCUUCAACCCAGCACAUCUCGUGCCCGGUAUUGAGCCUUCCGCAGAUCCUGUUCUCCAGUCUCGUCUAUUUUCGUACCCUGACACCCACCGCCAUCGCAUUGGUGUGAACUACCAGCAGCUGCCAGUUAACCAGCCACGCGUACCCUACAAGAUGGCCAACUUCCAGCGCGAUGGCUCAAUGGCUUUUUACAACCAGGGCUCUCGACCCAACUUCUUCUCCUCGAUCGAGCCUGUCGGUCUCAAGAAGCGCUCAGUGAACAUCGACAAGGUCCACGGUACCUUCACUGGCGAGGCCGUCACGUUCCUAUCAGAAAUCCGCCCUGAAGACUUCAACGCACCCCGCGCGCUAUGGGAGAAGGUUUUCGACGAUGGCGCCAAGGAGCGAUUCAUCUCAAACAUCAGCGGACACAUGGAGAACUGCAGCGACAAGGAGAUCAUCAAGCGCCAGAUCUCCAUCUUCCGCGAGGUGUCUGAGGAUCUUGCAUCGAGGCUUGAGAAGGCCACUGGUGUCAAGGGCUACGCAGGCAUCAAGGACAUGACUUUCCUGGGCACGAUCAACGGCAUGACUUCCGAUGCUGAGAAGAGAAAGGCUGCCGGUGUUGAUAAGAAGAAGGGGAACAAUGGUGCGCCGGUCAAGGGCACACAUGCUGAGUAUGAGAAUGGCAAUGGCGUAAAGGCUUAG